UCUCCCUUUACGCACGAAUCAAGCCAAACACUUCACAGAGCUAUAAUGACAAAGUUGAAUUCUACCCCUGAGGGGACAAUAACAGUUGCGGACUAUUUGUUCGCCCGACUCGGUCAACUAGGCAUUCAAUCAGUGUUCGGGGUUCCGGGAGACUACAACCUAACAUUACUGGACUUUGUGGAGCCCUCCGGCUUACACUGGGUUGGGACCUGUAACGAGUUAAACGCCGCAUACGCUGCAGACGGAUAUGCCAGAAUCAAUGGCCUCGGGGCCUUGGUCACCACCUUCGGUGUCGGUGAGCUUUCUGCGAUCAACGGAAUCGCAGGCGCGUACGCUGAAAAGGCUCCUGUUAUUCAUAUUGUCGGCACGCCAUCUCGUGCGCUGCAGGAAGCCCGCACCCUAGUUCACCAUACCUUCGCCGAUGGAGAAUAUGGCCGGUUUGCAGCAAUGCACACGCCAGUCACGGUUGCCCAGGCGAACCUGAUUGACCCUCGCACAGCGGCGGAACAAAUCGAUUGGGCUCUGCAGCAGGCUAUGAUCCAUAGUCGGCCGGUCUACAUUCAGGUCCCGGUUGAUAUGGUGGAUGUUACGAUCGCGGCGUCCAAUCUAGAGACGAAGAAAGUCCAAUUGCCUGCGACCCCGACCCCCAAACACGAGGCCUCGGUGUUGACUACCAUAUUAGAGCGCAUCUAUUCCGCUAAGCGGCCGAUGAUAUUCGUGGACGGAGAAAGCCGAGCCUUGGAUAUCCUCUCUCAGGUGGAUGAACUAGUCAAGACUACCCGUUGGCCAACGUGGACAUCAACUUCAGGAAAAGGCUUGGUCAACGAGCAAUUGGAUAACGUUCACGGUUUCUAUGCUGCGCAUUAUGGCAGCGAGCAAGCCAAGGCUUACUUUGAUGCUGCAGAUCUAGUGAUUGUGCUGGGGCCGCAUUAUAGCAAUACUAAUACGCAAGGCUUCACCACAAUCCCGAAACAAGAAAUAUCCAUCUCCUUUUCGGGGACUACCGUUCAGAUCGGAAAAGACGUUUACCGAGGCUUUUGCAUUCAACAAUUCGUCACUCAGUUGCUAGAGAGCCUAGACCGCACCCGGAUUCCGAAAAUCGACGGACCCCCAAAGCCCAAGGUAGAUCUCAGCCAUAUCAAGAAGACCGACAUCAUUAAACAAGACGACUUCUAUCGCUUUGUUAAUCCUAUUUUCAGCGAAGGGGAUAUCGUGGCCACGGAAACGGGUACUGCCUCUUACGGUGGGCGGAACUUCAUGUUGCCCCCGAACACACGGAUGUUUAGCUCGAUCACCUGGCUGUCGAUCGGUUACAUGCUCCCGGCCUGUUUGGGGGCAGCUCUAGCGCAACAAGAGACGAACAACUAUAAGCCUUCUAAUGGUGUGGGCAAUAGCAAGGGUCGAUUGUUUUUGUUCAUCGGAGAUGGUAGUCUACAGAUGACCGUACAAGAGAUCAGCACUAUUAUUCGGGAGAAGCUGGAUGUCACAAUCUUUAUCAUAAAUAACGCGGGAUAUACUAUCGAGCGAGCGAUUCAUGGCCGGAAGCAGGCCUACAAUGACAUAGCCCCGUGGCGUCACCUGGAGGCCCUGAGCUUCUUCGGAGGCAGCGAGGAAGAUGUUGCGAAGAAUAAUUUUAGCGCCAGAACUUACGGGGAAUUGGAAGAAGUGCUCCGAUCGGAACGGAUCCAGCAGGGCAAGGGUCUUAGAAUUGUGGAAGUUCAUAUGGAUCGGGAAGACUGCCAGGGGCUCUUGAGGACCCUGAUGGAUGAGCAGGUCGUGCAAGAUGCCAACCAAUAAUGCGUCGAGGUAGAUUAAAUGUACAUAGCAUAGUAAGUAUGGAGUAAAUUUGUGAACUUUGAAGAUAUUAAGGAGUGAAAUGACAUCAUGACAUUACUAUGGUAGUUAUAUUAACUAGUUAACUAGUUAUUGUAUAACUUAUAUAAUGUUAGUAAGCUCCACUGGAAAGCACUCCUUUAUUAGGUAGAGAAGAAUUUCUGGACUAUACAGACGCCCUGUCUAGUAUAUCCACGCACACUGAUAUCAAAGUUUAGUAUGACCACCACCUGCCUCAAUGACUGCACGGCCCUUUUCAGGCUUAGAUUACAGUAUUUAGUGAGCGCAGAGUCAAGGUUUACAGGCGCUCAUCUAUAGUUAGCUGAAAAUAAGGGGAUAUAGAACGAGC